AUGAACGAUCUAAAUAAUGUACCGGAUACGGAGGAUACGGAGGAUAUGGAGGAUAUUGGGAAUAUCGUAGAUGAUGACGAGAAUAUUACUCUUCAAAGAAAAGUUAUAAAGAGUGAAUUUAAACACGAAGAUUUACGAGAAAUUGGUUCGUUGGCGAUAUUUUCUCUUUCAAGUUGGAAAGCCGGUAAUGGUGUUGAAAACUUACGAGAUAAUAAUCUAAUGACAUUUUGGCAAUCGGAUGGUACUCUGCCUCACCUUGUCAAUAUUCAAUUUCCCAAAAAGGUCCCAGUAGUGCAAAUUUCGCUUUGGAUUGAUUAUAAGAAUGAUGAAAGCUACACACCCAAUAAGAUAGUUAUUAAGGCCGGAACGAAUUUCGGGGACUUGCAGGAUUUGCGAACAGUUGAACUUGAAGAUCCUUGUGGAUGGGUUGAUAUUCAACUGAGUGGAGAUCAUACAUUAACGUACUUCAUCAGAUAA